UCUUUUGUAACAAUUUCAGUCAUUUGAGAUGGUUGUUGCCUUUGCCAAGAAUCCGACUCAACUCCUGUUGAAGUCAAUGGGACCCUUUCCAUUGGCUUUACUGGGACUUGGAUCAAAACCCUAACCUGUCUUCCAUACAGCCAAUGUUCUGAUUUUAGAGCAAAGGCCAUUUUCUCUGGUCCCUAGCAAAUCAGAUCUCUUUUAUCCCUUUGGAAUUCUGUUCCCUUUUUAAUUUUGUGUUUUAAUAUCUUGGUAAGAUCUUUUUGUGGAGUGAUUGUAUGGCAGCCUUUUAGAGAGAGGUUUGAAUUAGGUCCACAUCCAGAAAUGAUUUAUUCUGAUCAUAGUCUCCUUGGCUGGGGUUUUGAAAGAGUCUCAGGAUGGUUCGGCACCCAUUAAAUUUCAAUGGGAGUUGAGCUCUUAAGUCCACUAGGCUCCUUUGAAAUCCUCUGGAAGCCAAGACUCUUAGGGUCUGAUCCAAAGCCAAUGGGAAGAUUCCAGCUGAGUUGGAUCAGACCCUUCAAACUAGAUUCUCAGUCUGUCUCUCUAGACCACUGACGUCAAUAGAGCUUUGCUGAUUUACACCAUUUGGGGAUCUGGCCCUAGUUCCUUAUGAUGGCUGGGCAAUAAAACUCUCCCCUGUUUAUUUUAUAUUGAAAAAAAUGCUAAAGAAAAGGGCCGGGCGUGUAGGUUCUUGUGAACCAUUGUCCAAUAGAUAUGUCAUUGUGAUAACAUCUUCGAAUACUGGGGGCAAGGUACCAUGGUCACCGUCACAUCAGAGAACCCCACACCCCCCUCCGUCUUCCCCCUGGUUCCCUGCUGCCCCAAGACUGGCAAUGCUCCCCCGGACACAAGCUUGGCCUGCCUCGUAACUGGCUAUUUCCCAGCACCAGUGGAGAUCAAGUGGAAUUUGGGCAAAGUGACCCAGGGGAUCACAACUUUCCCCGAGGUGAUGAUGAGCAAAGGGCUCUUCACCCAGAGCAGCCUCCUGAUCAACCCUGCCAGGUCCCGGCAGGGCGACACCUACCAGUGCGAUGUGACACAUAAAGGGACAGCAAAGACCCUGUCAAAGAAGUUCCCUCAGGAGGGGUGUGGUUCGACAACGCCACCCCAGGUUCACCUCCUGGUCCCCACCUGCGAGGAGAGCUCCACAGAGAGCCAGCUGGAGCUGCUUUGCCUCCUCCUGAGCUUCAAACCCAACAACGCCAACGUGAAAUGGCUGGUGAAUGGAAAGGAGAGCAGCCCCCCCACCCCGGCCUUUUCCCCUGCCAUGGGCACAGACGGCUUCUACAUGGGGCAGAGCCGCAUGAAUGUCACCAAGCAGAGCUGGGAGAAGGGGGACAUCUACACCUGUCAAGUGACCCACCCAGCAGUGGGAGCAGAGCUCUCCAUGCACAACACCAGCAAGUGCUUGGCCUGCCUCAGAAGCUCACUUGACCCAACCAUCUACUUAACCAAACCCUCCUAUGAAGACGUCAUCAAAAAUUCUGGUCAUGUUACCUGUCUAGUUCUGGGCUAUGACUUAGCAGCCAGCAGAAUGGCAUGGAAAGUGGAUGGGCAGGUCAGCUCUGCGGCGAAGACAGAACCCCCCAAGAAGAACAGCAACGGGACCACCAGCCUGGUCAGUUCUCACCCUGUGUCUCUGGCACAGUGGGGACAAGGCACCAAAUUUACCUGCAAAGUGACCACACCCUGUUCUGGAGAACUAACCCAGGACAUAACCAUGAGCAAUACAGGCAUCAGUAAGAAGGAGCCCUCAGUCACCAUCUCCCGAGCCUACCAGGAAGACAUCUCCGGGAAUAGAGUCUCCUUGACUCUCAUCUGCGAAGCUAGCGGCUUUUACCCAGAAGAGAUCAGCAUCUCAUGGUUGAAGAACAACUCCCUGGAACUCAAGUUGAGUUACAACAAUGGGCCUGUGUCAGGAAGUGGCACUUUCUCUGCCUACAGCAUCCUGAAGGUUGACAAAAGUGGAGGAGCAGUAAAUUAUACCUGUGUGGUGCAUCACCCGGCCAUGGAAGAGCCCAAGAGAGUUGUGGAAAAGGUGUCCCUCGAUUUCCUGGAGCCAUCUCCCCCAACAGUCACAGUCUUCCACACACCAGACAUAGGUGGGCAUGAGAAUCUGACCUGCUUUGCCACCGGCUUCUACCCAAAGGACCUAGACAUGCGAUGGACUGUCAACAAGCAGCACCUCAGCUGCAGCUCUCCCUCCUCUCCAACGGCCCUGGGCGAUGGGAGGUUCCAGCAGAGCUGCCAGCUGGAGCUCAGGGCGGCCGAGUGGAGCACGCUGAAGACCUACACCUGCAUUGUGACCCAUAGCUCCACUAAGACGACGCUGGAGAAGGUGCUGCACUCUACUGGCUGCCGGGAACCAGCAUUGCUGUCCAGCUACAUCCAGCCCCCAUCUUUGAAAGAGCUUUUCAUGAACAAGUCAGCUUCUGUGAUGUGCAAGACCUCCCUGGCCAAUGCUAGCAUCAACUGGACAAUGGAUGGUGAGAUGGCGGACCUGGGAGCCGUGAGGAUGGAGCAACACAACGGCAGCACCUGGCUGCAAAGUUGGCUGCAGGUCAACCUGAGUGAAUGGAACUCCACCGAGACCAUCACAUGCCAGAUCAAGAGUGACCUGGCAGAGAAUGUGCUGGGCAUCAGCCCAAAGAAUGGUUCCUUGAAGGCUCCAACCAUCUACCUUCUGUCCCCAUCCUCAGAGGAAAUCUGCAGCAACCAAAACCUCACUCUUCACUGCAUCGUCAAAGACUUCUACCCCGGUGAGAUCUCCGUCUGGUGGCAGGAGAAGACAGCCCAGACUGAGGUUGACAUCGCGGCUGAUGAUGAGAACCACAACUGUGACCAUAACAGCCAGCAGUGCUCAGUGAUCAGCAAGCUUGAGGUGUCCAGGAGCAGAUGGAUUCUGGGGACUUCUUACAGCUGUCUAGUCGCCCACCUCUCCUCUGAAGGGAUUAUAGCAAGAAGUGCCAAUGUUCAUACUGAGUCCUGGCACUGCUCCGUCCUGGGCAUCAACCCCUGCAGCAUCCUAGACAACAGCAUGGAUGACUACAGUGAGCUGGAUGAUGCCCAAUGCGUGUGGACCACGGUCUCCACCUUCAUCGCCCUCUUCCUCAUCACGCUCUUCUACAGCGGAUUUGUCACCUUCAUCAAGGAGCGUGACGCCGGCGCUGUACAACAGGCUGAGCAGGAAGAGAGCAAUGAAGGCAACAGGUGUCCAGAGACCGUCAGAUUCCUCCUCUUCUCCUUCAGCAUCGAUGCCUUGGUCCUCCACCGGGCAGUGAGGAGCUGGGGAGGAGAUAAACGGGCCGCCUGCGACCGACCCGAGGACUGGCCAGACCAGCCGAGGCCUGAUGCUGACCAGGCCUCGGGGAAGCUGUUAAGCCUGCCUGUGGCAAGCUACCUGGAGGAGCUGCCAAGCCUGCCGCUCGCCGGGUACUCCGAGGAGCUGCCAAGCCUGCCGCCUGCCAUUAGUGCCACGGCCCCGUCUGUCUUCCCCCUGACCUCCUGCACCGGCGAAGUCACCACCUCCCCGGUCACCUUUGGCUGCCUGGCCAAAGGCUACUUCCCCGAGCCGGUCACCGUGACAUGGAGCCCCAACGUCGGCUCCUCGGGCGUGAGGACCUAUCCCUCCAUGCUGCAACCUUCCAGCGGCCUCUACUCGCUCAGCAGCCAGGUCACCGUCCCGGCCAGCAGCUGGACGUCUAACACCUAUAGCUGCACCGUAAAGCACCAGCCCACCAGCCGCAGCAUCUCCAAGGAAAUCCCAAAGCCCACCCCCAUUGAACCCCAUGCCCCCGAGGUGCACGUCCUCCACUCCUCCUGCACCACCAAGCCAGGUGCCAUCCAGCUGCUCUGCUUCAUCUCCGGCUUCUACCCUGAGCCUUUGAAGGUGGAAUGGCUGGUGGACGGCGAGUCCGGGUUAAUUCAUGGGGACACCGCCCCUGCCAAGAAGGACGCCGACGGCCGCACCUUCAGCACCCGCAGCAAUGCCAGUGUCUCCCAGGACGUGUGGCUGGAGGGCAAGACGUACACCUGCCAGGUGUCCCACCCGGGCACCGGGAGCAAAAAGCAGGCCCGCGCCCGCAAGUGCCAAGAAGAAACAUCUUCCAGCAACAUCCAAGUCUUCCUGGUGCCCCCGUCUCCUGCUGCCCUGUACGUGGCCCAGAGCCCCAUGCUCACCUGCCUGGUGGUCAACCUGCCUAGCGACUCCGGCCUCCAGGUGGUCUGGUCCCGGGAGAAGCCAGGGUCCGUUAUCCCUGAUCCCCUGACCCUCACUGAUCAGUUCAACGACACCUUCACCGCCUCCAGCUCCAUGCCCAUCUUCACCCGCGACUGGGAGGCCGGAGAGACCUUCACCUGCAAAGUGGAGCACUCGGAGCUGAUCUCGCCCCUCAUCAAAUCGAUCUCCAAGAAGCCAGGCAAGCACUCUGCCCCGGGCGUCUACCUCCUGCGCCCCCACAAUGACGAGCUGAUCAGCAAAGGAGACUCCGUCAGCCUCACCUGCCUGGUGCGGGGCUUCUUCCCCGAGGACAUCUCGGUGCAGUGGAUGAAGAACCAUGAAGGUGAAAAGGAGACCGACUACAUCACCACCCCGCCCAUGAAGGAUGGAGACGGCGACUCGAACUUCUUCCUCUACAGCAAGCUGAAAGUCAGCAAAGCCAGCUGGAACAGAGGGGACACCUACACCUGCAUGGUCAUCCACGAAGCCCUCUCAUUGAAGUUUACCCAACGCAGCGUCAGCAAAGUCUCUGAGGUGAUCAUGUCAGGUGAGUUUUGCAGCGAGGACGAGGAUGAGGAGCUGGGCGGCCUCUGGUCCAGCAUCUCGGUUUUCAUCACCCUUUUCCUCUUGAGCGUGUGCUACAGCGCCACCGUGACCCUGUUCAAGGUGAAGUGGUUUUUCUCCACCAUGGUGCAGCUGAAGAAGGCGAGUGGCCCCGAGUACAAGAACGUGAUCCAGCGCGUGGUGUAGAAGCUGCUGCCCCCAUCUGCCCAGAGACAAGGGUCCAGGACUCCUGGCUCCAUUGGCGACACCGCCCUGAGUCCCACAGCUGCCCCCCACCAGUGCUGUGCCCCUGGGAGACACCCCUGGGGGGAGCAAGGAGCUCACCCCACGUGGCCUAAUCAGCCCUCAGCCACUGAGGAUGCUGCCCUGCUCGGAGCUUGGCUGAGACCGGACAACUCGUAUCAUGCAGGGAACCAGCGCCCCUAGCGAGGCAACAACCCCUCGCCCACUUCCCACCCUCCUGAGCCCAACAGUCCCUGCUCUGGGGCUGGAUCAG